AUUAGGCAAUGUUUGCAUUGUUUAUAGUGCAGCUGCACUGCAGCCAAAGUACCGCUGCACCGAACCUCGCCCUUGGUGCAGUCGGCCCCACGUACCACUGCACCGAACUAAGGCCUUGGUGCAGCCGUUGCACCAGUACCGUUGCACCGGUACCGCUGCACUUGUCAAGGC